AUGACAAAGUGGAUAUGGCUGCUGUCCUUAAUGUUGGCUAUUUUUGAUUCUGAGACUGCAAAUAAAUGGUGCAAAAAGUAUCUUUGCAAGCAAAAACAUCCACUUUGCACGGAUAAUAGGAAACUUCAAGCAACUUGUCCGCACAGAGCCACAGCUAUGGUGAAAAUAACUAAGGAAAUAGAACACCUGAUCGUGGACAAACACAAUGAGUAUCGGAAUAAGUUUGCCGGCGGAAUGGGUGAUCAUGCGAAGGCGGCAAGGAUGCCAACGAUUCAAUGGGACUCGGAACUGGCCGAAGUGGCUGAUGCUCUGGUACGUCGAUGUCAGCCUAUAAGAGAUUCUUGCGUCAUGACCGGGAGGUAUCAUCAUGCAGAAGUCAGUUACUCCCUGAUCAAGUACUAUUGUAUGACCACGAAAAUGGAUGCCCUAAGGACUCAGCUUGAUUAUUGGUUUGAUCCGGAAAGCAAAGACGAAGUCGUUGAACUAUUUUUCUCCGAGAAGGAUGACGAUCAGGAACUUUCCCAAAACUAUUUCCAGGUACUGAGAGAUCGGGCAGAUCGUAUUGGCUGUGCCAUUGUGGAAUACAUUCAUCCAGCACUUGUCCACCAGCUGCUGAAGUGCGUCUACAAUUGUGGAGUGAGUCAGUGCGAGGAUGAUCAUAAUCCCGUCUACGAGAUAAGCAGGGAUUAUGCGGCUACACACUGUAGAAAAGGAUCGAAUAAAGAAUAUAAAAACCUUUGCCACAAGAGUGAGAGAGUUAAGAGCUGCGAUGGCGGAUCAGCCUUUGUUGAUCACGCAGAUGAUUAUGAUGAUGACAAUGAAAAAAACAGGGGCACUACAAUUUCACUUCCGAAAUAUAAUCCAAAUGGUGAUUUACCCCCGAUUCCGGACAACCCACAUAUUAGGAAGAAAGGAAUAAAUAAGGAAAGUACAGAAUUGCCAUCUACAACGGAAAGCUCAACGGAGGACCCCGAAGCGGAUUAUGCACUUGGACCGUAUGAUAGAUUAAAUGGUCUACCACCUAUACCGGACAAUCCAGUGAUAGAUUUUAGAACGAACAAAAAGAAUAUAAAAAAUGAAUAUGAGGAUGAAAUGGAGGAAGAUAAAAAAUGGCACCCGAUACCGGACAUCGACAACCCAAGACACCAGGAGCUGGUGCAGCAGCAGCAGCAGCAGCAUCGGAAAGACGGAUCUUAA